AUGGAACCGAAAGGUAACGAGAUAUCUCGCUCGAAAUUGAUAUCGUAUGAAGGUCUUCCUGAAUCAUCCUGCUCUCAUCAAAAUGGAAAUCAGUUCUUGGGCUUGGCAUGGCCAUCAGAGGCCCCCGGUGUGGGCCAUCAGUGGUCCCCGGUGUGGGCCAUCAGAGGGCCCCGGUGUGGGCCAUCAGUGGCCCCCGGUGUGGGCCAUCAGAGGGCCCCGGUGUGGGCCAUCAGAGGGCCUCGGUGUGGGCCAUCAGUGGCCCCCGGUGUGGACCAUCAGAGGGCCCCGGUGUGGGCCAUCAGAGGGCCCCGGUGUGGGCCAUCAGUGACCCCCGGUGUGGGCCAUCAGUGGCUCCCGGUGUGGGUCAUCAGAGGCCCCCUGGUGUGGGCCAUCAGAGACCCAAGGUAUGGGCCAUCAGAGGCCCCUGUGUGGGUCAUCAGAGGCCCCCGGUGUGGGCUAUCAGAGACCCCAGGUGUGGGCCAUCAGAGGCCCCCGGUGUGGGCCAUCAGAGACCCCCGGUGUGGGCCAUCAGAGGCCCCCGGUGUGGGCCAUCAGAGACCCCCGGUGUGGGCCAUCAGAGGCCCCCGGUGUGGACCAUCAGUGGCGCCCGGUGUGGGCCAUCUGAGACCCCCGGUGUGGGCCAUCAGAGGGCCCCGGUGUGGGCCAUCAGAGGCCCCCGGUGUGGGCCAUCAGAGGCCCCCGGUGUGGGCCAUCAGAGGCCCCCGGUGUGGGCCAUCAGAGGCCCCCGGUGUGGGCCAUCAGAGGCCCCCGGUGUGGACCAUCAGAGGCGCCCGGUGUGGGCCAUCAGAGACCCCCGGUGUGGGCCAUCAGAGGGCCCCCGGUGUGGGCCUUUUUUAA